AGACACCAAGCACAGAACACAGAGAGAGGCUGCAGCAACAGUGAGAAAGAGAGAGAGAGAGAGAGAGAGUUAGAGAGAGAGAGUUAGAGAGAGAGAGAGAGAGAGAGAGAGAAGUGGAGCGGUGAUGGUCCAUCAACUGACAUUAUUAUUUUUCAGCCAAAUGUAAAUAGGCUACCAAUCAGAGUUGGAAAUAAUUGGAAAGCAAUAAAUAACGCUGACAAGUGCUACCCAUUUUUUUGUUGCACUCUUACAGUACAGCAGCUUCUCUCGUGUUUUUUGCAUUUCUCCUCUAUUGGCACGCGGGAGAAAGAGGCGCACUCUGCAGGGUGCUUUCAGCUCGCUCCUCCGUCGUACGCGAGCCUCUGAGAGGGAGCUAUCCAGUGCUGAAGUUGCAUUUCUUCCCUUCGCAAGACACGGCGUUGCAGGUAGAACAGAGAAACCUAAGCACUACGGGUUGGCUGGGGGUUUGUUUGACUGACUGGGUGUCUGAUACUCUACGCAGCCAGGCAUCCAAAGCUCAGCCUUAAAUAUCCAGCUCUACAUUGGCGUUGCAUGAGGACAGUAACCCUGCCCUGGACGGUUGUUGUUUCGGUGCAACACCAGAAACAUGCCAAGGUCUUUCCUGGUUAAAAAGGUGAAGCUUGAUGAUUUUUCAUCCAGUGAUUUUGAGAGUUCUUAUGGACGAUCCAGGACCGACGUCAGUCUACGGAUUCACGAUAAAGGGUACAUUAGUGACUACAUCAGCCCGUCUGUCUACGAUGGAGAAAGCGACGGUGCCAUUAAAGUUCCCUCUCCGGAGCCACUCUACGAUGGAAUCCACAGCGACUACGGCGCCCCAGACUCAGACCAGCCUGACAGUCCGCAGUCGGACGUCACCUCCGGCUACAUCAAUGGGGACACCGCGGUGAGUGAUUGCUACACGGUGGACGCGUUUUACAUCACGGACGGAAGGUCACGGAGGAAAGUAAUCAGCAGCCCCAGCAGCAGGAGCAUACAGCGUCACACAUGCAACGAAUGUGGAAAAACCUACGCCACGUCUUCCAACCUGAGUAGGCAUAAGCAGACCCACCGGAGCCUGGACAGCAAGAUGGCCAAGAAGUGCGCAACCUGUGGGAAAGUGUACGUGUCCAUGCCAGCAAUGGCCAUGCACCUGCUCACCCAUGACCUCAAGCACAAGUGUGACAUCUGUGGCAAAGCUUUCAGCAGACCUUGGCUACUGCAGGGCCACAUGAGGUCACACACGGGUGAGAAGCCCUUUGGGUGUGCACACUGCGGAAAAGCGUUCGCCGACCGCUCCAACCUGCGCGCGCAUAUGCAGACUCACUCCGCUUUCAAGCAUUUCAAAUGCAAACGGUGCGACAAGACCUUCGCUCUCAAGUCCUACCUGAAUAAGCACUACGAGUCCGCGUGCUUCAAAGGCGCGUUCUCGCCCUUGAGUCCUGAUCUCGAUGACUCUCCAUGACGUCCACAUUAAAAGUGCAGACAAAAACAUUAUAUUUUUGGUUGACUAAUUCUGCCAAACCUUUCCUAAAAUCCACCUCAACUUCCAGUGGAACCACAAUAAUAGCACAAUAUUUCUGUAUUCUCAUUGAAAUCCACCCGAAGGAAUUACUGAUGAUCUUCGCAUGCACUUAAAAAUCCUCUUCCUCCUCCAGUCACGUGGAUAGAAUAUACCUUCCACCGCGCGUAAAUAUGAAAUCAUAUAUUUUGAAAUGUGACGAAGAUGACAAUACUGGAUUGCUCCAAACAAAAGUCGAACAUUUUAAUGUUGGAUAAUAAUGUACUGCUGCAACUGACCAUACUCUCCGUUGAGGUAAAUGCCAUUUAUGUUUGUAUUAAUUCAUUAAUCUAUUUAUUUAUGUAUUUAUGUAUUUAUUUAUUUAUUUAUUUAUACAUUAGGCUAUUUAUAUGUAUUUGUUUAUAUAGUAUGUCUGACAUAUUGGUCUGUUUUUAUUUGAUAUCACUACCUAUUAUUUGCACUUUAAUGUGUGAAUUUGCCAACCUCUCAUGAACAGGCCAAAGCGUUGUCACUUAUUCUUCGUUUACUACCAUUUGAAAUCAUUGCAUGCAAAAAUGAAAUCUAUGCCAGUAUCACAAAGCUUAUGAUUUUUUUCUUCUCCAAAAUCUAGAUAGUAUCUGUUGGCAAUAUUUCUGUUGAAGCCACAUGACGAAUUAUAAAGCAAUAAUCACUUAAUGCAUGGUAUUUUUGAAAAUGAUUAUGAACUAUUACCUACUGUAUAGCAGUUUUUAAAAUCAGGUAAGUUUUACU